CCAAGUAAAUAAAAAAACAAAAGUUCAUAUAUUUAAGCGAAUAUGAUACAUAACAUAUCUUCUGUUAUUGACGAAUCUUGUGCGCACAAAACUUCCUUAGAGAACUUCAUAUUAUAUCUCUGACAUCAAUUGAGAGUUAUCAACUAUGAAGUUGAUUAAAACACUAUUUAUCAUAUAUGCAUUUACUAUUCUAUCUUGGGUCGUAGUUAAUUACUACAGUCAACAAAUCGUUUAUGGUUGUUCAACAUCCAAUCGCGCAGUUAAAAAUACAUUGGCAGAAAAUCAUCAUGAUAUGUCAAUGGUAAAUGGGAUUGCAUCGUUACCACCAACAUAUUUUAUAGAACAGAUUGAAGAAAAUUCGAAUAUAAGGACUACAACUGAGACAAUAUCGUCAAAUAUAACCUACGUAACUAGACUAAUCAGAGACCAGAAUGUUUCCAGUAAUUUUGAAAAGUUUUAUAUGAAUGCGCCUCAUAAUAAAUUGAAUGAUCCUCUCAUCCAUCAACAUCGAUAUGAAUUGUUGCUCAACAAUGAAAUUAAAUGUUACGGAAAAGACAUUCUUCUAAUAGUGUUUGUUCAUAUAGCAACUUCGAAUUUUGAGGGACGUCAUUUGAUUCGUUCGACGUUUGGAUCUAUUUCUAAUUAUGAUAAUAAACUCAUUGAAUAUGUUUUUGUGCUUGGACAGACGUCAGAUGUCAAACGUCAGCGGUAUAUUGAACUUGAAAGUGAAAGACACAAAGACAUUAUUCAGAGAAAUUUUAUAGAUUCAUACAGAAAUUUAACAUACAAACUUGUUUUUAGUUUAUUCUGGGUCAAUAAUUUCUGUUCCAAUGCAAAAUUUGUCGUCAAAAUGGACGAGGAUAUUAUUAUCAAUGUUCCGCAUUUAAUUUUUCACCUCUCAAAGAAAAUUCGCAACAAGAGUUCAUCUGAUAUUUUGGAAUGCCAAGUUAUUACUCAAAACAAACCUCAACGUCGUCGUAAAAAUAAAUGGUAUAUAACUUUAGAGGAAUAUCCAUUUCCAACGUUCCUACCAUAUUGCGCUGGGCACAGUUCUAUAAUGUCAAUAGAUAUCGUAAGAAAAAUGUAUCAUGCUACAAGGAAAAUUCCAUUUCUAUGGUUGGAAGAUGUUUAUGGUAGUGGUUUUUUAUCAUUGCUCUUGAAAAUAAGAAUGUUUAUGCCAAAAUGUUAUAUUAAUCCUGUAAAACGUAGUCUGGUUAAAGGUACUUGCAAUUUGUUCUAUCUAAAUAAUUUGAAAAAUUUGAGUAAUUAUGUAAUUAUGUGGGAUACAAUAACAAGCCGUAACAUAUCUAAGUCUUGUAAAUGUUAAAGUAAAGAUGGAUUAAACUGCUCUGUUUGUUCCAAACAUCACAUUCAUCAUAGACUGGCACAGUUAAGUAGAAUUAACAUUUAACCCAAUAAUGUUUCAUCUGUAAAUGACUUGUAGCAUAUAAUUGUCCUUUUCACAGCUGAAUUUGAACCCAUACUAUUGAUAACCCAUGGCAACUCUUCUUUGCACUGUGUCCAGCGACCAAGGUCAUACGGCUAACCAAGUUAUAUAAACAUUAUAUAUUUCGUUACUCGAGAUGAAUUCAAACUGACGAAGAAAGGCAUGACUUGCCUAAGGAAAGCUAUAUCUUUUAUAAAGUUAAGGGUCCCCUUCAACUGAGGGAUGUUUUCAUAAUUACAAGAUAUGUCAUAUAACUAUUACAAUUUAAAGUGUAUGAUUUAAAUCGUACUAAAAUAAAGAGGGUACUAAGCAGCUGGUACCUAUCGGUGACAGUAUAAUGCUUUCUAUCAAUGAAGACCGAAUAUUUAUAUAUACACCUCUCCACCAAACAAGACCAUUAUCAAUCUCCAAAGAUAACCAAAGGCUGCUUUAACUCUGUAGAUACUUUUGUAACAUCAAACCAUUGUGUAAACUUAUUUCUAAAUAAAGUUUAAAAUCUAAAAACAAAAUAAAAAUAUAUGAAAUAUUCAUUGUCAAUUGGAUUGACAAACUGAUUCACUAUCUUUUGAAAUAUCGGAAAUGUACAAACAUAAUAAUCCAUACAAUUUUUUUUAAGCGAAAUGAGCUGUUAUUUCGAAUUCAAAGAUGCAAAAUCCAAAAAUAGUUUACUAUAACGCGCAAUGGACCACUGUAGGAUUUUGAAUGUGCCAAAAUAUAUGAUAUUUGUUGUAAAUGAACGAAAAGUACAUAUAUAUAUAUAUAGGAAUAGUUGAUACCACUAUUAACCUCUUAAAAUCGGACACGAACGGGUUAGGUUCUCCUGACACUUUUAGAACAGUGUAAGAAAGAGGCGGUUCUAUCAAAGAACAGUUUUAAACUAAAAUUAUUUUGGAUAGUUUUGCCCUAGAAUAGAUUCUGACACUUAUACACUAGAACAAUUUUAGACAGUUCUAUCCUAGAACUUUUCCAACAGAUCUACCAUACUUUUAAUGGUCUUAUUAUGGUUAAACCGAUCAGGAAUCAUCUUAAUACUUAACAAUUUCUAACCCCCGCCCAUGCACUGACGGACCAUUGAAGUUCUAUUUUAAGACAAUUUUUAGCUUUUCAAAUUAUUAUAUAAUAUUUAUUUUAUGUAUCUAUUUUAUCAUUUCAUUUUUUUAUUUUUUAUUUUAUUCAUUAUUUGAUUAGGGAAAGUUUUUCUUUUCCUUCUUUUCUUUUUUAUUCUUUUGAAUCUUAUCUUGAUAAUUUCAAAUAAAAUAUUCUAGAUAUCUUAUUUUUAAAAGUGUAAUUAUUUUAUCUCCGUAUAUUAUCUUUAUGAUAUUGUUGUUAUAACAUUAUGCCAAAUUUACAUAAAUAAAGGCAACACUAGUAUACCCUGUUCAAUAGUCAUAAAUCUUUUAACCGAAAAAAAAUAUGGGUCACAAACCAAAACCGAGGGAACACAUCAACUAUAAGAGGAAAACAACGAAACAAUAGAAACACUGAACUGCAAAAAAAACAAACGCCAACAUACAUAGAAACGGACCUUAAAACAUAACUACAUUUGUAUUAUUUCAUAUUAAGUUUGUAUAGUUUCGUAACGGUUGACCAGUUAACUCAGUAAAACAAUUCCUCGCGAAUAUGAUAUCGUCAUUAUGUAAUCCAAUUGUUUAACCUGAAAUAAACACAUAAGGUAUUUUGCCUUGAACUGUAUAAAUGUCAUUCUGAAGAAAAGAUAUCUAUUAUUUGAUUGUUUUACGGACAAAACUUAGAACUAUGUUUCCUCUACUGUUUUUAAGCAUUACUAGCAUUAUAUAUAAAUAAAACUAUUGUUGAAUUAACACUAUUUUUUAACAUGAAAAAUAAAACAAGAAAAAACAUA